UAAAAACACUAGCAUAAGACUGUCCAGCAAGCAACCGAGGAGCCCCACGAUGCAGAUCAGAAGGCCCUUGGGGAACCAGAUGAGCUCAGAGAGAUCUUGGUGAAGAUUAGAAGCCCUUGCAACACUGUCACUGGACACGGUCUAGUAGCUGUGUGUCUCCAGCUGUCAUCACUGCGGACUUGGAAGAGAAAGAAGAGAAGAAAAAUGUCCAACGCCUUAAAGCAAGUGUUCAAUAAGGACAGAACCUUUCGGCCCAAGCGCAAGUUUGAGCCCGGGACUCAGCGGUUUGAGCUGCACAAGAGAGCUCAAGCCUCUCUCAACGCGGGGCUGGACUUGAAGCUAGCGGUCCAGCUGCCGUCUGGUGAGGAGCAGAACGACUGGGUAGCAGUGCACGUGGUGGACUUCUUCAACCGCAUCAAUCUGAUCUACGGCACCAUCAGUGACUAUUGCACGGAGCAGUCCUGCCCCAUCAUGUCUGGUGGACCCAAGUACGAGUACAGAUGGCAGGAUGAGCACAAGUACCGGAAACCCACCGCCCUGUCUGCACCCCAGUACAUGAACCUCUUGAUGGACUGGAUUGAGGUGCAGAUCAACAAUGAGGAUAUCUUCCCCACCAAUGUUGGUACUCCGUUCCCCAAGAACUUCCUUCAGGUGGUGAAGAAGAUUCUCUCCAGGCUCUUCCGGGUCUUCGUCCACGUUUACAUUCACCACUUCGACAGGAUCACCCAGAUGGGGUCAGAAGCCCACGUGAACACCUGCUACAAGCACUUUUACUAUUUUGUGAAAGAAUUCAACCUAAUAGACACCAAGGAGUUGGAACCACUGAAGGAAAUGACUUCACGGAUGUGCCACUGAGAUCCAGACCUUCCUGCCCUCACCUAGUCACUUCCAGGACUACAGAUGCCCACGAUUGCAACAGAGAUGCUCUUCAAGGCAGUCCAGAGACAUUUCAUUAAAAUAUAUAUAUAUAUUUUUAAUGAGUUUUCAAUGUAAAAUGGAGAUUGCAGGAAUAUUUUUACAGAUGUUCUAGAUAAUUAGUUUUCUACAGUAAUUUCUAUAACUUUGCUACUAAAUGGAAAUAUUCUCGUUCUCAGUCAGCUUGGAGGAGGGAAGAAGGCUUUGUGAUGCAUCCACCUCACACUUCCUCUCCCCUGCCAGGUUGUGGAGGUGGUACUCACUCGACUUCUUCAGUUGCUUCAAGUGCUUUUUUUUUUUAGGUGGACUGGCUUUCAACAGAGCCAGGACAUGGAGUUGGUCUCCAGAUUGCUGUGGUGCCUUCCACUGAAUGUGCUUGUAUACUGAAGCCCCAACGGUAUGGGGAUCCCCUGGAGCCUGGUUCGAGUAUGCUCCUGUGCACAAGGUCUAUAGGGCAUUAGGGAUGCUCGAGUUUUAGCCUUUUCUCAUCUAGAGAAUCCAUUGUAUGUGCAGGCUCAGCCCUUUGCAUGCUUUAAUAUUUUUGCACCUACCUUCCUUCUUCCUGAAAUCUUUACUGCCUUGUCAUGGCUAGACCAAACUUGCCAUGUCUGGUCUAAUUCAGCUUAUGCCUGUUAACCAUUGAGGUUCAUGCCUGUUAACCAUUGCUUCAGGAGGAGGCAAAUAUUUAGGUUUCCCUCUUUCAAAGCAUGUUGUGCCAAGGAAAUAGGUGCCAUAUGAGCAAGCUCCACUGUGUGCCUGAGCACUGAGACGGGUGAAAAUAGAUGCAGCUGCCUUUCCUGCUACAUCUGUUUUUAGCUGUCUUUCUCCUUGUGGCUGUAACAUAACUUUGGUUCCAAGUGGCACCGUAUGCAUGAGGGAGGGAGCUUCAAUGCUGCUGCCCAUUUACAUAAGCAUAUACGUGGCCUUUAGGAGUAAAAAGGGCAGGAAAAGCUGCUGGGACAGAAGUUGGAAGUAUUCACCUACACUUAGCAGGCUGCUUUGGCAUCUUUCCUGGAGCCCUGAUCCUACACCUCAACAUAAAAUGAAGCCAGUUGAGGCCACCCAGUCUGGCCCCAAGUCACUAGAGGUUCUGUUCCCUGCUUCCCGGGAGCUGGAGCAGGUAGGUGGAGGGAUCACUUUUACACACCUGCACCCUUUUUGACCCAUGCAAAUUUACGGACUCCAGUGUCUGUGAGUGAUCUAUACCACUCUCCCUCCUCUUCCUCUGUCGCGUUUCCCACCUGCGUAUUUCCCGUUCUGUCUCUUCCUGUCAUCUACUGUAUGUCUUGCUUGACAGACUGCAUCUCCAGUGCAUAGUCUUGCUACUGUCUGGAUGAGUAACUCUGUAGAGCUGCCUGUUGUGGAACACCUGUGAGACGUGGCUGACAAAGGAGUGACCACUGGAUUUGGGGUAGGGGGAGACUGGAAGGGGAUUUUCUGAGCAGUGACCAAGUUGUUACCACUAGCCACUUUCCUCUAAGGGUUUCCUGUGUUCCGAGUCUUGUACUCAUGUGUGUCAUUUCUCCUACUAUAAUUGGGAUACUUUUGUUUUUACAAAUACCACUAUCAUUCCUUGAAAUGGAAGCAAUAAAUUAUGUUGAAUUUGCAGAUUCUGCUUGUAUUGCUGUGACUCUU